AUGGGUGGCUUAACUCCACAAAUAUCAGAAUAUUCUUACUUAUCUUUUGAUAGAAAACCCGCCAGAUAUCCUACCAGCUUGACAUUGGAUACCCAACAAACACAUAUCCUCUUAUCUCUUUUCUUAAAACAAAGCAAAAAACUGGUGGCGGAGGAGAACGUGCGCGCCGUGGUCACCAUGAACGAGGAGUACGAGACCCGCUUCCUCUGCUGCUCUGCCCAGGAAUGGGAGGCAAUGGGCGUGGAGCAGCUGCGUCUCAGCACUGUGGAUCUAACCGGAGUGCCUGCCUUGGAAAACCUCCACAAGGGAGUUGAAUUCAUCCUGAAACAUCGAGCCUCCGGUAACAGUGUCUAUGUGCACUGCAAGGCAGGGCGUUCCCGCAGUGCCACCAUGGUGGCAGCAUAUUUAAUUCAACUGCAUCACUGGAGCCCUCAGGAAGCAAUAGAGGCUAUUGCCAAGAUCCGUCCCCACAUCCUCAUUCGGCACAAGCAAGUCCAGGUCCUGGAGACAUUUCACAGGAACAUGAUCACUGGGACAACUGCAUAG